AUGCAUCAGCACGGGUUCUAUUCGACAAAGGAUACUUACAUAGGGUUCAUCGGCUACUGUAUGAAGCAUAAACAAAAUCUUGCUUACAAUUUCGCUUUUUUAUACACUUAUCCAGCAAGUUUGGAGAAUGACGAAGUUGAUGUUGAUGUGGACGAAGACGAUGUUGACCUUAUGCAGAAACUGAAUUUGAAAUCGCAAGAAACGGUGGCCGGCGUGUUGCCGAUCACCACCGAUUACCGCAUCAAAGCGUCAAAGUUUCGGAUCUGACCUGACAACUGGGGAACCAAUUUUCCUGCAGCUCUGGGAAAGAAGCAAUCUCCCAUCGAUAUUUGCACUGCAGAGACAGUCUUUGAUGAGACGUUGCAAAAAAAUCCUCUGACGUUUAACUACUUUCCUAGCGACUGUCUCACAAUUCGAAAUCUUGGAACGACAUGGCAGAUCAAACUUAAAAAUGACGCUCAGUCAAGAAUCGAGGGACCACAACUAGGUGAUGCGUACGCAUUGGACCAAGUCCACUGCCACUGGGGAAUGACUCCAGACAAAGGCUCUGAGCAUACGGUUAAUGGUGCUGCAUUCGCCGGAGAGGUGCAUCUUGUUCAUCGACACGUGAAAAUGAACAGUCGUGACAAGCCGUUGCAGGAUGAUGAGGGCUAUGCGGUAUUGGCUGUGUUUCUUAAAGAAACCGAUGAAGACAAUCCUGUGCUGCAGCCGCUGAUUGAACUAAUCGCAUGCAUCAAACAUAAGAACGACUUUGAAUCGUUUCCUACCGAGGGCUACGAUUUAACCCAUCUGAUUCCGGGUAGGUAUUGCAGAAAACAUGUCUAG